GGGAUAUUCACAUUCGGAUCUCGUGCCCAGUCUGCCCUCUCCCCUUCUCUUCUUGACCUUUCUGUCUCGCUAGUCGCUACUCCCAUUGGUCUCAGAUUCUCAGUUGCAACGUAUAUCGUCGUCGUCUCAAAAACAAGGUCCGAGCAAAACAGUGCGAGGACAGGCCGAUCAGAUCAACUACACAGAAGAUGGGAACACUAGGGAAAGCGAUCUACGCUGUUGGAUUCUGGAUUCGCGAGUCCGGUCAAGCUCUCGAUCGUCUCGGCAGCCGCCUCCAGGGCAACUAUUACUUUCAAGAGCAACUAUCCAGGCAUCGGACACUCAUGAAUAUAUUUGAUAAAGCUCCUGUUGUUGAUAAAGAUGCAUUUGUGGCUCCAAGUGCAUCUAUCAUUGGGGAUGUUCAAGUGGGAGGAGGAUCCUCAAUUUGGUAUGGAUGCGUUUUGAGAGGUGAUGUUAACAGCAUCAGUGUUGGGUCUGGAACUAAUAUACAAGACAAUUCCCUCGUGCAUGUAGCAAAGUCUAAUCUCAGCGGGAAGGUCUUACCAACGAUCAUUGGAGACAAUGUUACUGUUGGUCACAGUGCUGUCCUACAUGGCUGUACUGUUGAGGACGAGGCUUUUGUUGGAAUGGGUGCAACCCUGCUUGAUGGGGUGGUGGUUGAGAAGCAUGGCAUGGUUGCUGCAGGAGCCCUCGUGGGGCAGAAUACAAGAAUUCCAUGUGGAGAGGUAUGGGGAGGUAAUCCAGCGAAGUUCUUGAGGAAGCUCACAGAGGAAGAGAUAGCCUUCAUCUCCCAGUCAGCCACCAAUUAUUCCAAUUUAGCACAGGUUCAUGCAGCUGAGAACGCGAAAAGCUUUGAUGAGAUUGAGUUUGAGAAGGUGCUACGCAAGAAAUUUGCCCGUCGAGACGAGGAGUAUGAUUCCAUGAUUGGAGUUGUUCGCGAGAUACCCCCACAGCUUAUCCUUCCUGAUAAUAUCUUGCCAGAUAAAGCACCCAAGGCUGCCUAAAGGGGAGAUUCAGCAUAAACUAGUUUACGUGAAGGGAAAUUUGCCUUAAUGUGCGGGUAUAUGAUAAAAUGGGUUCCUCUCUUUUAAAUAAUUUUUUGGCACCCGGCCAUGUUUUAGGAUGAGUCAUGGUGUACCUUUCUGGCUUCUGAAUUUACUUGUUCUCUCGGGUUUAUUGAGAACCCCAUUACCUGUUUCUAAAGAAAAUUAAUGCCUUCGUUCUGUACCCAACAGAAAUUUUUUUGGGAGAUCUUUUUAUCUCUACUCAUUUUCUGAUCAUUCGGUGAUGAUUUGAAUAAUUAACGCACUUUGUGGAACAUUUUGUAUAAAAUGAAAAAAUGGGAAAAGAAUUGGAUGGUUGGCAUUUGUUCAA